UCGUAUCGGUGUUUACAAUCUGACACAAAAACAAAUGUGCUUGCUAAACAACCAAAAUAUGGAAUGUUGAUAUCAACGCAUACACCUAAUCAACAAUGUCCUAUCCUGUUGAUGAUGAUGAUCAAAUUCCAGGUAAUUAUAAACCAAGAUAACCAAUCAUUGAAAUUGUGGAGAAGUAUUGUGUUUGAAAAAUUUGGGAGCAGUAUUUACUUUUGGAAAGAGUAAGUUUGCUGAUAAUAUUGCUAAUAAAUUUUGGAUUAAAAACGAUGGUGUGGUUGAAAUGGCUUGUGGAGACGAACACUCUGCAGUAGUCACAGAAAGUGGUCGUUUGUAUGUAUUUGGGAGCAAUGAUUGGGGCCAGCUUGGACUUGGUCAUACAAAAUCUUUAAAUAAACCCAGUUUCGUAAAACCACUAAAGCCAGAGAAAGUUAGAAAAGUUGCAUGUGGUCGAAAUCACACCAUUGUUUAUUCGGAAUCUGGGAAAUUAUUUAGUUUUGGUUGCAAUGAAGAUGGUCAGCUGGGACAUGUAGAUAAAGAAAAUGAACUACUUCCAAAAGAAAUAGAAAGUAUACCACAAAUGGAAAUCAAACAAAUUGCAUGCGGCACCUACCACAGCAUUAUUCUUUCAGAGGAUGGAGAUGUUUAUGUUUGGGGAAACAAUAAUGAAGGACAACUGGGCCUUGGAGAAGAAGUUGAAAACAGCCUUCCAAAAAAGUUGAAAUUUAAAAAGGAGGUUGUGUCAGUUUCUUGUGGUUACUAUCAUACAGCUUUAGUCACACGAGAUGGUUUCUUGUAUACCUUUGGUGAGAAUGAACUUGGUAAACUGGGUUUAUCUAGCUCACAACUUAGUAACACUACUGUUCCGCAAUCUGUAGCUAUGCCUGCAGACAAUGAUGAAUAUAUCAGUGUUUCAUGUGGAGCACGUCAUACAGUAGCUAUUACAAAGCAAGGACACUGCUAUGCAUGGGGAGAUGGUAGUCAAGGCCAGUUAGGCCAUGGUACUAAGUUACUUGAAGUCAAUGAACCUAAACAGAUUAAAAAGUUAUCUGGUCAAAAGUGUAUUAGUGUAUCUUGUGGUGAAAGUCAUACAGCUGUUGUAACUGAAUCUGGAAAAGUAUUUACUUUUGGAGAUGGUCGUCAUGGUAAAUUAGGCCAAGGCGAAGAUUCUUUCUCAAAUAGUUUUGAUCCUGUGUAUUUAUCUCGUUUUAAUUACUUCAAUGUUGUAUAUGUAUCUUGUGGUGGAUGCCACACAUUGGUACUAGCUGUUCACAAAAAUAAAGAUGACUUUGUAGAUGGUGAAAAUUCUUUAAGAGCUUCUAUGACAUCUCAGAAGAGUUUAAAAGAAGCCAAUAUGACAUUACGACCUGAAGAUAGUCCUAUUCUUUCUUCUUCACCAAGAAACAAACGAAGACAUAAAGAUUGGACAAUGAAUAAUGAAACAGAUAAAUCUAAUAAAGGUGGGUCUCUAAAUAACUCCAUGGUGAUGGCCCAAUUAAGUCGAACAAUGCCAGAACUUCCAUCAAGACUUGAUAGAAGCAAGUUACCAAAAAUUCCAGGCUUAAAUCUUUCUGGCCAUAACAAUGAUGACGAUGAAAUUAGUGAACAUGUGAAAGAAAAAGUGCAUCAACCUAAAAAACUUUCUGUAUCAAGUGUUCAACAAGAAAAUAAGAAAAACAAAAAAAUGGUUGCAGAAGUUUCCUUUUCACGAACUGCAAAAAAUCACCCAAAUAUUAAAAAAGAAGAAACUAAAGAAAAUGUAUGCGACAAUGAGAGUGAAGAAGAAGAUGGAAAAUAUCAUUCACAGGUUUUGUCAUUUAAAGGUGUUAAUAUGGACUCUGAAAAUAAAAACAAAAACAAUAAAAACAAGCAUAAUUUAGUUGAGAUGAAAAAUGAUACUUCAAGCAAUAAACUAAAAAAUAAUAGUAAAUUAAAAAAACAAAACAAACUUGAUUUUGAUUAUAGUGACGAAGAAAAAAACAAUGUUUCUAAUAAUAAGAAAGCCUCUCAAAAAAAUGCAAAAAAUAAAAAUCAUUGUAGUGAUUAUGAUGAAGACGAAGAAGAAAACAAUGUUUCUAAUAAUAAGAAAGCCUCUCAAAAAAAUGCAAAAAAUAAAAAUCAUUGUAGUGAUUAUGAUGAAGACGAAGAAGAAAACAAUAUUUCUAAUAAUAAGAAAGCCUCUCAAAAAAAUGCAAAAAAUAAAAAUCAUUGUAGUGAUUAUGAUGAAGACGAAGAAGAAAACAAUGUUUCUAAUAAUAAGAAAGCCUCUCAAAAAAAUGCAAAAAAUAAAAAUCAUUGUAGUGAUUAUGAUGAAGACGAAGAAGAAGAUGAUGUUUCUAAUAAUAAAAAAGUCUCUCAAAAAAACACAAGAAAUAAAUUGAAAGUUAAAAAUAAUGCAGUUCAAGAUGAAGACGAAGAAGAUGAUCCAAAAGGUAAAGCAAUGCAAACCAAAGGUAAAACAAACAGUUCAAAAUACAAUAAGCAUAAAAAAAUCUUAUCUGAAGAAGACGAUGAAGAAGAACAAGAAGAGGAUGAAGAGGAAGAGGAUGAAAACAAUGAAGAUUCAGAAGAAGAAACUAAUCACAGAAACCAUUCUAAAGUAAAAACAAAUAAAGAAAAAUUUAAUGUAAAAAGUCAACACAGUUCAAAUGUGCAAAGUAAAUCUAAACCCAUUGAGAAAUCAAAUUCUAAGCCCAUUGAAAAAUCAAAUUCCAAAAAUAUUGAUAAAAGUACAACAAAUGAAAAGGAUAAAAACUUGACAAUCAACAAUAAAGGCAAAAAGGUCAUUAGUGAUGAGGAUGAAGAUGAAGAGGAUGAAGAGGAUGAAGAAGAAGAUAAUGAUAAUGAAAAAGACCAUUCAGAAGAUGAUGAUGCUGAAGAAGAUGAGGAUGAAGAUGAUGAAGAUGUUAAUGAAGAUGAGGAUGUGAAUGAAGAUGACAAUGACGAUGUUUCAAAAAAAAAAGAUGAAAAUAAAACUAAUGAAGUUGAUAAUAAAUCAAAUAAAGACAAAAAAAUGCGUUCUGGUUUUUUAGACUUCUUUCGUCGAAAAAAAAAAGAAUCUCCUCCUGCAGCUCCAAUCUCAGAUGACAAUGAGGAGGAUAAUAUUAAGUCAAAAGCAUGCAUUAUAUUAUGAUUUUAUUACAGCAUACGCCAUUAUGAUUUCAUUACAGCAUAGAGCAAAAACGAAAACUUUAUUGAUUUUUUUUAUCGCUAGUGCGCUUUUAGUGUUUCCGAAAGAACUUAUUUGGAGAAACAUUUGCUUCAUCCCUUCCCGAAAUCACCUUGUAAAUCUAUUUGCGCCGUUUGUCUUUGUUAACACUUUUUUUUCCCCAAUAGAAGAUGUAAAUAAUUGUUUUAUUUAUUUUAUAACGGUUUUAAGACGUAAAAGAUUUUGUGAUAUCGAAAA